AUGUCUCAAGAAUUACCGGGAUUAAUAGCGGAGCAAGAAAAUAUUUGUGAUUUAAUUGUCAAAGCGCAAGUGAACUUCAAGAAAACACCAAAAGCGAGAUUAACAAGAGGAUACAUCAAGACAAGAAAAGAAUCCAUAGAAAAUUAUUUCAGUCAGUUCGUAGCAAACAAUCGAGCCUUGAUAAAAAUAUCAACACCGUCGGACAAAGCGAAAUACGAAUAUUUCAAAGAUGAUGUAUAUUCAGCAUGCGAAGAAAUGUUUAUAGAUUUAAAAGCAGAGAUGACCGACAUGCUAGAGGGUUCGACGCCGUGUACGAGCAGCACUAAUCCAACACCAAGCACAAGCAGUGAUGACGUGAAGCUACCGAAAAUAGAUAUAGCGAAGUUUACCGGUAACUACCAAGAUUGGACUUCGUUUUACGACAUGUUUACGUCACUCAUCCACAACAAACAGAACUUGAGCAGCGUUCAAAAGAUGCAUUAUUUAAAAAGCUACUUGUCUGGAGAACCUGCCCAACUGUUGGAUCAUCUAGCCGUCACUGAAACAAACUACGAAUUGGCAUGGCUCACGCUGCAGAACAGGUACAACAACAAGAGAGUUAUUGUUAAUUCAAUUUUAAGCAAGUUGAUGAAUCAAAAGAAAAUUCACGCGGGCACUGCUAAAGCCAUUCGAGAGAUAUUAGAUACAACUAUGGAGUGCCUUAACAAGCUGCAAGUACAAAACAUUAAUACUAGUUCAUGGGAUACACUUAUUAUACACAUCAUUGUUGAGAAGUUAGACAACGAGACACAUAAAGAGUGGGAAGAAGAAGCAAGUAACCUGAACCUCACAGAGUUACCUACAAUGGUCAUGUUCAAGAAGUUCUUAGAAAAGAGAUUCCGAGUUUUAGAGAUGAUGCAACCUAGCCAAACAACGAACAUGAACAUGAAGAGUACCUACCGAAACAUCCAGAGAGAACCUAACUUCACUGUCGAGUCUAAGUCAUUUCACGUGUCACCAGCCAUCAAGUGUGGUUUUUGCAAGCAAAACCAUUAUUUGAAUCAAUGUAAAGAAUUCCAAGAGCUAACACUAGAAAAGAAAACGGAGUUCAUUCAAAACCAUCAAGUUUGCUUUAACUGCCUAAUCCAUGGUCAUGCUGUCCGCUUCUGUAAGAGCAAAUAUUCAUGUCAAAAGUGCGGAAGAAGACAUCACACAAUGUUGCACAACAAUACGUACCAACCCAAAGAGAAAGAGCACAGAGAAGAAGAAACAAACCAAGAGAGAGAAAACAAAGAAUUCAAGCGAGAGAGAGACUCUAAACAAGAACCCAAGCAAGACAUGAAAAAUAAGAGAGAGAUAGUUGCCCAUCUAACAACAGGAAGCAUGACAGGAUUGUUAUCUACAGCACAAAUUAACGUGACGAACCAUCAAGGAAGAGAAUUCGUAUUAAGAGCCUUGUUGGACCCAUGUUCCCAAGAGUCUUUUCUGAACGAGUCUGCAGCUCAAACUAUGGGACUUAAGAGAAAACGCGCAAACGGAAACGUAUCGGGUCUUGAUCAGAUGAGCACACCCAUCAGAUUUGCUGCAGAUAUCGAGAUUUCAUCACGUCUUAAUCCUGAAAAGAAAAUGAGUAUAACAACCUACAUAGUAAAGCGAGUCACAAACAUCAUGCCUUCAGAGAAACUUACCAUCGAUAACUGGGUACACCUAAGAGACUUACAACUAGCUGAUCCGACUUACCACCAACCAAGUUCUAUAGAUAUUCUAUUGGGAGUAGAAGUUUACAACGAGAUGAUACAGCCUGGUCUGAUCAAGGGCAUUCCAGGCUCUCCCAUAGCUUUACAAACUCAUUUGGGAUGGAUAAUAUCAGGAAAAGUCACAGUCGGGACAGAACGAGAGCGAGAAGAGAAACCAUUCAUUAGUAUGCAUUUAAAUGUCGAGUUGAACCAUAUGCUAAAGAGAUUCUGGGAGCUAGAGACAAUAGAGGAAGAGAAACACAAACUUACAGCAGAAGAGAGCAAAGUAGAAGAAAUAUAUGAGAAAACUACCACUAGAGACGAAGACGGACGUUACAUAGUAGAUCUGCCAAUGAGACACGAGCCACCAGUUCUACCAUCUAACAGCCGAGAGAUUGCACUGAAACGCUGGAAGUCUACAGAGCACAGACUAAAGAGUAACCCACACCUAUUAGAAGAAUACAACAAAGUUCUAGAAGAGUACAUGACACUAAACCACAUGAAGAAAAUAGAAAACAAAGAUGAAGAAAAUGGCGUGUGGCUCCCUCAAUUAGCUGUAAUUAAAAUGGAGAGAGAAACUAGCAAAUUAAGGAUAGUCUAUGACGCCUCAUGCAAAGGAAGCAACGGGGUAUCCUUAAAUGACGAGUUACUAAUUGGUCCCCCAUUGUUAGAAGAUUUAAGGGCCAUUCUCAUUAGAUGGAGAACAUACAAGAUAGCCUUUGUCGCCGACGUAGAGAAGAUGUAUAGACAGAUACGAGUCAAAGAUGAACACACAAAUUACCAGAGAAUUGUAUGGAGACCAGAUCCAAAGGGACCCAUUGAAGACUUCAAACUCUUAACUGUUACAUUUGGAACAUCCUGUGCGCCUUAUCUCGCAAUAAAAACAUUGAGACAAACAGCAAAAGAUGAAGGAUCUGACUAUCCAAAAGCUCAGAAGAUGAUAUUACGAGAUUUCUAUAUGGAUGAUUUGCUCUCCGGCACAGACGAAGAAAAAGAGGCUAUCGAAAUUCAAAAACAAGUAACUAAAAUUUUAAGUUCCGGAGGAUUCCCACUAAAGAAAUGGUGUUCAAAUAGCGAAGAGUUUAUGACAGCAUUAGACAAGCAAGAAAAGAGAGAAGAAACACAGACAGUCGAAAUAAAACGCAAAGAGAGCGUGAAAACAUUAGGUAUAACAUGGGAAGUUAAGAAAGACAAGUUAUUAAUACCUAAUCAUAUCAAAAAUAUAGAUGACACACUUAUGACUAAAAGAAGCGUUUUAUCUGAAAUAGCUUCAAUAUUUGACCCAAUGGGGUGGAUCGCUCCUAGCGUCAUACUAGCAAAAAUAUUUAUGCAAGUUUUGUGGAAGAAAGGCAUUUCGUGGGAUGAAGAACUUCCGGCAGAACUAAAAAAAGAGUGGUUGCAGUAUAAGAGAGAACUGCCAGCCUUGAAAGAUGUCAGCUUAGAUCGAUGGAUGCACACUACGAGUAAAUCAACUCUAGAACUGCAUGGAUAUGCAGACGCUUCGGUAUUAGCUUAUGCGGCAGUUAUUUACUCGAGAGUUAUAGACGAAGAAGGAGAGAUUAGAGUAUCCCUCGUGACAGCAAAAACAAAAGUCUCGCCGAUUAGAAAAGUUUCCUUGCCGCGUUUGGAGCUAUUAGCUGCUACAUUAUUGAGUAAACUUCUGAAACAAGUAGCUGAUACACUAGACGUUCAUCUUGACAACGUAUACGCUUAUUCAGAUAGUCAAGUGACUUUGGCUUGA